AUUAUUGUUGUUAUUAAUUUCCUUCACUGAUAUCCUUUCCUCUACGCGGCGAAUUAUUUGUUCAGGCACCGGAAACCGCCAGAUGACCACGUGGGUGCACCCCUGAGGCCUGCGCUUCCUGGUCACGUGCCGGAAGUUAGUGCUCGGGUGCGGUGAGUGAGUGGAGAGGCUGGCUGGUACUCGUUUUCCAAAAUGGCUUCGCUGCUACAAUCCGAGCGGGUCUCCUACUUAGUCCGCGGCGAGAAAGAGAUUCGCUCGCCUCUCUCGCAGCUCUAUUUCUGCCGUUACUGCAGCGAACUUCGCUCCCUUGAAUGCGUCUCUCAUGAGGUGGAUUCUCACUAUUGUCCCAGUUGUCUGGAAAAUAUGCCAUCAGCUGAAGCCAAACUGAAGAAAAACAGGUGUGCUAACUGUUUUGACUGCCCGUGCUGCAUGCACACUCUUUCUACCCGAGCAACAAGCAUCCCUGCUCCUCUGCCUGAUGAUCCAGCUAAAACUACAAUGAAGAAAGCUUAUUAUCUGGCCUGUGGCUUUUGCCGCUGGACAUCCAGAGAUGUCGGCAUGGCAGAUAAAUCAGUUGCCAGUGGAGGUUGGCAGGAGCCAGAGAAUCCUCAUACUCAGAAGAUCAAUAAAUUGGUUGAAUAUUAUCAACAACUGGCUCAGAAGGAAAAGAUGGAAAGAGAUCGUAAAAAGCUGGUUCGACGUCGGCCCUACAUGCCGCUUGCAUUUUCAGACAAAUAUGGCCUUGGCACCAGGCUCCAGCGUCAGAGGCCCGGAGCACCAAUCAGUGCUCUUGCUGGACUCUCGCUGAAAGAGGGAGAGGACCAGAAAGAGAUAAAAAUUGAACCAUCCCAGGCUGUGGAGGAAGUGGAACCUCUGCCUGAGGAUUAUUAUACAAGACCAAUCAAUCUCACAGAAGUGACAACCCUGCGGCAGCGUCUGCUGCAGCCAGACUUCCAACCCAUCUGUGCUUCUCAGCUUUACCCACGUCAUAAGCACCUGUUGAUCAAACGCUCAUUGCGGUGUAGGAAAUGCGAACACAAUUUGAGUAAGCCAGAGUUCAAUCCUACAUCCAUCAAAUUCAAAAUCCAGCUAGUAGCGGUCAACUACAUCCCUGAAGUGAGAAUCAUGUCUAUUCCCAAUCUUCGCUACAUGAAGGAGAGUCAAGUUCUUCUAACUCUAACUAACCCAGUGGAAAACCUUACCCAUGUGACAUUGAAAGAGUGUGAGGAAGGUGAUCCUGAUGACAUCAAUAGUACUGCUAAGGUGGUGGUUCCUUCUAAGGAGCUAAUUUUGGCUGGCAAAGAUGCAGCAGCAGAGUAUGAUGAGUUGGCAGAGCCUCAAGAUUUUCAGGAUGAUCCUGACAUCAUAGCAUUUCGGAAGGCUAAUAAAGUUGGAAUAUUCAUCAAGGUUAUGCCACAGAAAGAAGAGGGAGAAGUUACUGUAAGUUUUAAGAUGAAACACGAAUUUAAAAAUCUUGCCGCUCCAAUCCGACCCACAGAGGAAAGUGAUCAGAGCUGUGAGGUCAUCUGGCUCACUCACCACGUAGAGCUCUGCCUGGGCCCUCUGCUUCCGUGAAGCCUGUUGAUAAUUGGAUCCUAAAAGAUGGCCACAUGCUGCACCGUGUCACUGUUAUAGAAGAAUGUGUCCCAAAUAAAUGUUGAUGGCACUGGUUCAUGGAGCUUUCUUUGGAUGAGAAUGCACACCACAAAUAUCAGCCAAAAAAUGUAGAAGAGAGAGAGCCAUGCCUCUGUGUUCCUCUGCUUCCUUCUUUGCAAUGCCCACUAAGAUGGUUUUCUGAUUACACCACAUGCUUGGUCAACUUUACAACACAAAACUCAGUGUACAAACUUGUGGCCAUCUAUGUACUUGCAUUAUGCUUUGAUGAAAUCACAUGAAUAGCAAAAACCUUCACUAGCAUUUUUUGUGUCGAUUUCAUAAGGCUAGCAUUAGAGAAUGCCAGGAUCCCUUUUAGGUCCAUUUGACAUUACAAAUUUAUUUCAAGGCUGCAGUAGCAUCUUGUAAAGCAGCUAGCAGCAUGUAGCAUCUUGUAAAGCAGCUUCCCAUCCUGUUUUAAGUAGCACUGCCUUAGGAACCAAGUAGACAUUCUGUGAAACAUUAUGUUGUCCUUUGCAGUAUAUUAAGGAAAGGUGAUGAUGAAAAAGGACACUUAAUGCCUCCUCAAUAUUCUGCAGUUUGGGGACUUAAUGUUUCUACCAGUCUUAAGUUGGGAGAUGCAGGUUUAAAUGAACCAGGUUAUUGGGCAGUCCAGUAAAUGAAAAUGCUGCUGUGUUAUUGAAGCAAGGGUGUUGCAAAGAGGCACUUGUGUUCUUGAAAUUAUUCCUUUAAGAAUAGUAUAUCAGUCAAAGAUAUUCAAAACUUUUGAUAGGCAAAAUCACUUUUGGUAUGUGCUUGAACCUAACACCUUUUCAGAAAACAGCAACUAUCACCCACCAUGCAUUUUCCUUGUUUUGUACUUGAGACCAUACCAUUAUAAGCAUGGCUUUCUGAACAGCAAAUUAAAUGAAUAAAUGGUUAUUAUCUACAUAAUACCCAAGGUUGGCUCUAUAUUUUGAUUGGUAACCCUAAAUUCAGUAUUGCAAUGGUGAAACACACAUGCACAAAAUCUUUCAACACAUGCGUGUCAGUCUUUUCUUUGUUAAGAGUGUUGGGAAGAAAUGCAUUGGAACCCAGUGGUUUGGAUUUUUUCACCAUACUGUUCUUGAAAUAAGCAGCAGAUGCAAGAAUGAAACUUAUGCAGCCUGCAGGAAAUGGAAGAAGGAAAAUCUCAUGACUCUGUAAAACUUGGCAAGAGAAGUAAAUUGCAAUGUGACUUUGCAGUAGUGCAGACAGAUGGAAGAACAGAAUAUAGCUAUUUCAGUCUUGGAUGAAAAAUACCUGUAAGUACAUAAUUGGAGACACACUAGAAGUAUGGUUGGAAAACAGUUUAUUGUAGAUUGCAAAUUGUUCAAAGAUGUAUUUUAAAAUGAUCUGCAUUUGUCUGGCAGCAUUUGGAUGAAGAUUGCGCCUUAUUUUCUAAUUUGUGCAAUGGGUGGUUUAAAAAAACAAUGUUUAUAGGGCUUGUGUAGACUAUAUAAUGUAAAGCAUGAGGUUAAGAAGUCUAGCCAGUGUUUAUUCUUAAAUGUGUAGUGUUAGUGUCUGCUGUCCUCAGUUUAUAAACUAAUUCGAAAUAAUCCCUGGUUUAACCUCUCCAAAACCAGUUCUUGGCUAAGUAAUAUUUUGCGAGUCAAACUGAAGAUGUUGCUGUGCUGAAGUGAUAACUUGUUAGUCCUGCUUGUAACAUGUAUAGGAAAAUAGGACAUACUGUGGAGACCUUAAGGCUGCCUCAAGAACUGUUGGAUUAUAACACCUUAGUCCAGUGAUUUGUUUCUUUUUCUUGUUCAAUCUUAUAAAGCAUAGGAAUAAGUGUUAAAAUGUAUUCCACGCAAUUCUACAGAAACAUUUAACUGGUUCCUCAUGAGAGGACACUGGAAGCACUCUGCCUUACUAUUUAAUGUUGUGAACUUUAAAAUAAAGAAGCAGACAAAG